AUGUUUUUGGUAAACUGGUUUUACGACGUGUUAUAUUACCUAGGUCUUUGGCAGAAGGAAGGCAAGCUUCUUUUCCUUGGAUUAGAUAAUGCCGGAAAGACUACACUUCUUGAUGUGCUGAAACAGGGAAGACUGACUGUUCAUGAGCCCACUCUUCAUCCUAAUUCGGAAGAGCUCGAAAUUGGCAAAAUCAAGUUUAGAACGUUCGAUCUAGGUGGCCAUGAGUCCGCAAGACAGCUUUGGAAGCAGUAUUUUACAAAUGUCGAUGGCGUUAUUUUCCUUGUUGAUGCCGAAGAUAAGGAGCGUUUCCCCGAGGCUCGCCAGGAGCUGAGCGAGCUUCUCUCCGACGAGCAGUUAGCUAAUGUUCCUUUUGCUGUUCUGGGAAACAAGAUUGACUUGCCGGGCGCAGCCUCCGAGCAGGAACUCCGCAUCAAUUUGAAUUUGGUGGAUACAUUUGGAAAGGACAAUUUUGACAACCCUUCCGGCGUUCGUCCGAUCGAGCUGUUUAUGUGCAGUGUCUCAAAGAAGAUCGGAUACACUGACGCGUUUAACUGGAUUUCCAACUUUAUUUAAAUAACAUGUGGAUCUGUGUGU